AUGUUGUAUGCCCUACCUCGCAAGCAGAUCCAACGCUUCUGGCAGAACAUGUCGCUCUACGACCCUAAUGAUUUUCAUAUCCAGGAGGAUACGCCAGAAGAACUGGAACAGAUGGAUGAGAGCAUGGCUAUUACUGGUUUGAGACUCCUGGUGCUGUGGCUCUCAUCAAGCAGAGAUGUAGAGAUGUAG